AUGGACGUCAGUGUUCCACGCCAAUCUUCUACAAGGCGCAACUUCAACAUACGGACCACAAAGAUAGAGUACGAAAAUUUGCAGUCUUUAAAGAACAGUCUUACUGAAAUUCAGUGGACAUCAAAUACGGAUCAAACCAUUGCAGAAUUAACAAGAAUUUUAAAAUACGAGAAUGAAGAUAAUUUCAAGUUUUGGCUUCAGCUUUUUCAUAAGAUUAAGCUUCAUUUUGAAUUAAUUUAUCAACGAAAGCAGUCUUGACAAAUUACUUUUAAAGUUCAUGAAUAUACAAUAAUAUUCAAAACUGCUCUGUUAGAAUUAAUGAAGUCAAAGUACUGUCCUAAUCCUUCAAAGACAAUCAUGGUAGAAGCUAAAGAGGAGUGUGACUGUAUAUGUUUUGAUGCAAUGGACAGGAUUUCUUUCACUAAACACUUAGUAACUGUUAAAUUGUUCAAAAAGAAAUGCUUCGCUAGUAUUAAGAAUGAACAUCUACCACAAGAGAUAAUAGUGACCACUCAAAAAUAUCCUAUUAUUGACAAAGAAAAUCUUGAAACUGGAGUAGAAGUGUAUUGUACGUCUGAUAUUCAUGAAUACUGGAAAUUAACUGAGUUGCUGGAAUUCAUCUGGGUUCUUAGUGAAAUUAGAAAACUGAUGAACUUCCUCUUUACAGUUCGUAUAACUACAUCAGAGCCA